AAUCAUGAAUAAUAUGAUUAGAGUCCACUACACUUCCUCCGUUGACAUUUCACGUCACACUCCAGAUGACUGCACCAUCGCCGAUAUCUGCGACCGCGAACGGGACGGGAAGAAUGCUCUAAAACUCAACGACAGAGUGUUGGUGAAGUACCGCAAUGUCUCGCUUGAAGAAUGUCGCAACCAGUCGAGGCGCGCAAGCUGCUUGAUCCAAAAAUUGUUGUCAUUCCCGCAGUCUAUCGGUACUUCUUCAGGGGAUCGAACAUCUAUCUUGUGAUGGAGUUCGUCGAGGGGGUUGUGAGAGAUCUUAUCGAGGAUGACGAGAAUAAAAACAGCCGUGCUCCAACUUUGAAACUCACUCAAUUCUACCCGUAGAAAUGCACAAAGUUAUUCAAUAUGAGAGCUUGUCCAGUGAGAGCUUGGAAAUUUUGCUCUCUCACUGGACAUCCCAAU